AUGCGAUGCGACACCUGGGAUACCUCAAGUGACAUCUGGAGUCUGGCUUGUCUUAUUGUAGAAUUAUACACUGGUAUAUACAAAAAACAAACCUCAAUAUAGGAAGAGUUUUUAUUAAAGUAGGCAAUAACGAUUUAAUGCAUUUGGCUAUUAUACAAUCUAUUUUUGGACCAAUACCCUAGUACAUGAAACAACGUUCCAAAUUUAAAACGAGAUUUAAUUCUUUACCAAAAGCCUAGCCUUAAAAAUAAUUACAUCAAAUUAUAGAUGAUCAAGAUCUUCUUGAUCUUCUUAAUAUGAUGUUUUAAAUAGAUCAUCAUCAUAGAAUUAAUUGCAAAUAAAUUCUAGAACAUAAAUUCUUUUAAAAACUAUUUUCAAAUUUUUGA